AGUCAAACAUCAAGCUUCAAUGAGUCUCUCCACAGCAGCUCCACAGCCUCCAGACCGACCCUGAAGAUGACUCCUUCUGCCAGCCUGCUGCUGCUGCUCCUGCUCGGCCUCUCUCAGGCACUUCCUCUCCAGGAGGAAGGAAUCGAAGAAGAUGAAGAAGAAGAAGUAGACGAAGAGGACACUGUCGACAUCACAACCAGGAUUCUGACCUCCAACAACGCCACAGAUGAGAUCCUGCUGGAAGGAGACCUGCUGGCUCCCAAAACCAGAAACGCCAUGAAGUGCUUUUUCGCGAACUGCCUGUGGAAGAAAGGCUCCAACGGCUUAGUGACAAUCCCCUUCACCACGAGCAGUCAAUUCACCAGCUUGGAGAGACAGAAGAUCACCAACGCUAUGAAUGCCUUCCACAGCAAGACCUGCCUCCGCUUCGUCCCCCGUCGGAACCAGUACGACUACAUCAGCAUUGAGAACAAGGGUGGAUGUUACUCCUCUCUGGGCAGAGCGGGAGCCAAACAGGUGCUCUCUCUCAAGAGGCAGGGCUGCUUCUACCACGGCAUCAUCCAGCACGAGAUCAACCACGCUCUGGGCUUCCAGCACGAACAGACCAGGAGCGACCGCGACUCACACGUCAGGAUCAACUGGGAGAACAUCAACCCGCAGAUGGCGUACAACUUCAAAAGGCACGACACCAACAACCUGAACACCCCCUACGACUACACCUCCAUCAUGCACUAUGGAAAAACAGCCUUCUCCAUCCAGCGGGGGAAGGACUCCAUCACCCCCAUCCCAAACCCCAACGUCCAGAUCGGCCAGAGGAAGGGCACAUCCUACUGGGACAUUGUGAGGAUCAACACACUCUACGGCUGCUAA